AGUGCUGCGAGACAAACCUAUUAUAAUCUGUUUCUAACAAUUUCCCAAACAAAACCUACACAUUGUCAGCCGUUGCCCCGCUGCUCAGUCUCCUUCUCCGGUGAGCCUCCAACAGCCACAGGCGGAAGGCAGGACAACUGGAUCCCACAGCCCCUCAAACACGCAGCCCUGUCGUCUACGGUGGUUUAAGUUCACCCAUUAAUUUGACUUUGCGACGCUAGCGUCACUUCAAACGGCUUCGCCUAGGUCUUGGCAGCAUCAUCUCUUCUCCGUUAGAGACUCCGGCGCGAACAACAGGUUGUUCAAAACAUUUCUGACGUGUGUGGGUCUUGCAGCGCGGCAUUUCUGACUUGAGGGAGCUUUUUGGAGUGACCGGUUGGUGGCUCUUGGAACUCGAGGAAGUUGGCAUUUGCUCAAGAAAGUGAAUUUUUGAUUGAGAAUUGUAGGAUUUUUGAUCGAGGCCAAAUUGAAGUGAGGAAAGCGUAUAAUCCUGGGGAAUCGAGUCAUUGAUGGUAUUGAGCUUAAUUCAGGGCAUUCUUGGCAUGUCCAUUUUGGGACUAAUCGAGCAUAAUUGAAGGUUUAGAGCAUUAACGGAGCGAGCAAUCAUCAUUUUGGGCAUGAAGGCACGACGUCGUAGUGCUGGGAAGAUCAAUACACAGCAUAUAAUGCCAACUUAGAGUGCCAGUAGGGGGGACCGUGGAGCAGUUGAAAGCUGUGAACAAUUUGGACCAGAUCCCAUUGCCAAGAGGGCAAUUGAAAAGCAAGUGCUUAAUAGAUUUAAUGUUCUCAUGGGAAAGGCAGUACCAUGAGCGUGAAAUGUUGAUCUAUGGGCAACCUUUUUGUAGUCUAUCCACAGUGUUCAUCAGAUAUGAGAGGUUUACAACUUUCCUUGAAUCAUACCCAGAAGAUUCGUCUUGAAAGAGCCCAAGAAAGGCUUAAAUCUCUCUCUUCGAAGGGCAAUUCUGAUGCUUCUGUUGUAGUUGCUGAUACUAUUCCUCUCAAUUACGAGGAUGGUGUCCUCAAGGGACAUGGGACUCUUGACUUGAAUGGAGAAGUAGUUGCCUCUAUUUGUGGAGUGGUUGAACGAGUCAAUAAGCUUAUCUAUGUACGUGCCUUGCGUGCCAGAUAUAAACCGGAGGUUGGUGAUAUCGUAGUGGGACGUGUUACAGAGGUUGCUCCAAAACGUUGGAGAUUGGAUAUAAAUUAUAGCCAAGAUGCAGUUUUGAUGCUUUCUUCCAUGAACUUGCCUGAUGGUAUUCAGAGGAGGCGAACUGCUGUUGAUGAACUGAACAUGCGGAGCAUUUUUGAAGAAAAUGACGUCAUUUGUGCCGAAGUACGUGGUCUUCAGCAUGAUGGGCUACACCUUCAAGCAAGAAGCCAGAAGUAUGGCAAGCUUGAACGUGGUCAGCUGCUCAUAGUUUCACCAUAUCUAAUAAAGAGACGCAAACAACACUUCCAUCAUUUGGAUCAAUAUGGUAUUGACCUAAUACUUGGAUGCAAUGGUUUUAUCUGGAUUGGGGAGCAUGUUGAUCCCAAAGAGGAUGCGAUGAUAGAGGAUCACGUUGAUAAACCUGAACAAAAGGGUUUGAAAUUUGAAGGAACUUUGGGUAACCAAGUGCAAGAAGUAUAUACUCCAUUAAAGACACGACAGAAUAUCUGCAGAACUGCAAACGCUAUUCGAGUAUUGUCUACCUUAGGUUUCAUAAUGACAGUAGAAGUCAUCAUGGAGAUAGUGAAUCUAAGUAUUUCUCUAAACAUUGAUGUGCACGAAAUGCUUGGCUCAGAGUUCUGUGUUCUCACAGCAGAAAAAGAGGUCGAACGGCGUUCUUCGAGUAAGAAAAGGGGGUAAUUUCGUCUUCUUUCAAGAAUUGUGAGUAAUUUGAAUUACCAAAACCGUUUGAUUUGCAGAGAAAUUUAGUGUGUUAUUAUAUUUUGUUGGAUUUUAGUUUACCACCACUUUGUAUCUGUUAGUAUCAGUAUAGAAUACAAUGUCCUCAAUUAUUAUGCCGUACGUGGUUUCAUAAAUGUCUAAGGAUUACUUAGGAUUUUACUA